AAUUAUAAGGAGCGCUUAGUAUGAGCUGUGACCAUGAAUAACGCGGGUAGCGCUUCAGGGGUAAUAGUAUCACUUAUUUUGCGAUACUUUUUUAUUUCUGCUUUGUGAACAGCCCAAAAUCGAAAUUAAUUAUAAGUAAAUUUGAAGGUUUGUUCUCCGUCUUUACAAUUAAGUGAAAAAGGGAACGCGUAAGUUAAAUUUGUUACAGGCGUAAAAUGCUCCGGAGAAACCAUAAUUUAUUAAGCUACAUUGAGCAUGUGGGGAACUCCGAAUUGGUCCAUAAAGCAACUUAGGAAAGAUAUAAAUUAGGGAAGCGUUUGACCCAGCCGGAUGUCUUACUAACGGCUGUUACUCCUAAUGGAGCAUAGGCCACCGACCAGCAUCCGACAACCCACUCUGUCCUGGGCCUUCCUUUCUAGUUCUAUCCAAUUUUUGUUCAUUUUUCUCAUGUCUGUCACCAUUUAUCGACGUAAUGUGUUCUUUGGUCUUUUUCUUCUCCUUUGGCCUUGAGGAUCCCAUGUGAGGACUUGCCUUGUGACAUAGUUGAGUGCUUUCCUCCAUGUGUGUCCUAUCCACUUACAGCGCCUCUUCCUGAUUUCUCCCUCCUCUGGAAUCUGGCUUGUUUUCUCCCACAGUAGUUUGUUGCUGAUAGUGUCUGACCAACGGAUCUGAAGUAUUUUGCAUAGACAACUGUUAAUAAACACUUGUAUCUUCUGGAUGAUGUCUUUCGCAGUUCUCCAGGUUUCCGCCCCAUACAGUAGAACUAUCUUGACAUUUGUAUUGAAAAUUGUAACUUUGGUGUUAGUUGACAGUUGUUUUGAGUUCCAGAUAUUCUUCAGUUGUAGAUAUGCUGCUCUUGCCCUUACGACCCGCGCCUUCACAUCUGCAUCAGAUCCACCGUGUUCAUCAAUGAUGCUGCCCAGAUAUGUAAAGGUUUUUACAUCUCCCAAAACUUCGUCAAGUGUUAUUCGAUUGUUUCAUGCUGUGUUCUAUCGGAUAAUCUUGCUUUUCCCUUUGCGUAUGUUGAGACCUACUGCUGAGACUGCUGCUACACUGGUCGUCUUCUGCAAUUUUUUUGCGUUUGCGAUAGAAGAGCCAGAUCAUCUGCGAAGUCUAGAUCGUCCACCUGCAUCCUAGAUGUCCGAUGUAUCCCGUGCUUCUCCCCAGGUGUUGACAUCAUGAUCCAGUCGAUCACCGGGAGAAAGAGAAAGACUGAGAGUAAGCAACCUUGCCUGACACCGGUCUUCACCUCGAACGAGUUUGUCAACUGUCCUCCAUACACGAUUUUGCAGUUUAAUCCAUCAAAGGAAUUCUGUGUAAUACUGACUAUCUUCUGAGGCACGCCAUAGUGUCGAAGAAGCCUCCAUAGUGUUGUCCUGUUCACGCUAUCAAAUGCUUUCUCGUAGUCAAUGAAGUCUGUGUAGAGUGAUGAAUUCCAUUCAAUUGACUGUUCCACAAUGAUCCGUAGAGUUGCGAUUCAGUCUGUACACGAUCGAUCCUCACGAAAUCCAGCUUGCCGGUCUCGAAACCGGAUGUCUACUAGCAACCUAUUCCAGAGGCUUGCAUAGCGUGUUACAAAGGAAGUUGACUUCAGUGUGCUUGAUGUUCUCGAUAUCCCACUGUUGAUUUGUGUGACGGCCACAAUUGAUUUCUUCGAUCGUUGGUGGAAUGACAUCUAUAGGAAGGUCUGUAUAUACCGUUUCGAUAACCGGUGAAUUCAGUGGAGCUGGUCUAUUCAAGAGUUCCUCGAAGCGUUCUACCCAUAUGUUCCCCUGUUCUUGAAUCUCGGUGAUUGGCUAGUCUUCUUCGUCCUUGACCGGUCUCUUUGGUUUACUAUAUUCCCCUACCAGUUUCUUCGUCGUGUGAUAUAGUUGUUUCAUAUUUCCUCUUGUAGAACUGAUCUUUAUCAUCGUUAUUACUAUCAUUGGUGGGUACAUUACAUUGGAUAACAUUCAUUGUAAUUCCCUCCUUUGUUUUGAAGGAUACUUUGAUGUUCCAGGAUCCAUGAGAUUGCCAUCCUACAAGUGCAUUACGUGCUUGUUCCGACAGCAUCAGAGCAACUUCGUGAGUGUGUGGAGCAUUUUCUUGUUCGUGACCAGAGUACGUGAGCAUCUUUCCCAAAUCUAAUGUUUUCUGUCCAGUUUGGGUCCAAUAAGUUUCAUUGAUUCCGAGAACUGCCAAUUUGUAUCAUUUCCGUUGCUAUUUAAUUGGUCCUCCCGGUCUCCCACAUUGUCUGGACAUUCCGUAUACCUAUAACGAAUGUUGCUCUGGUUGUUAGAAGGGGCAUCGACCUUGUGACUUCCGAAGAAUUUCGUCUUUCAUGAUGAGGCGUGAUAAUUCUUCUGAAUGAAGAUGCUUGAACUCGGAGAACAGAGUUUAAAUUGUUUAUUCUGGUUAGUAUUUGUUUUCAGCUAGGUUGUUUUCUACGGGAUAGGGUUGCCGACCCCACUCCCAACCCUCUUCGUUUGUGUUGGCUUGGGAACGGCAGUAGCCCUAGAAGAGGUAUAGGCGGAGUUUUAGUUUCCACACCUGACAUCUAAUUCUUCUGGGAUUGUUUUGUUUUGAAGUAAUUGGACUCUGACCAAUAUCAUGAACUCUAAUGUAUGCACGAUUGACGACUUUUCCGAGCUUAAGGAUCUAGUUGAGAAGUCCCAUAAUGUUAAGGUAAGUAAUAUUGGAGUUUUGCAUAAAACUGAUUUUACAGGCAGAUGUAUCUGAUGAAAUCAAGAACUUACUUGCUAGAAGAAGUGAAAUAGAGCACAAAUUAAAAAAGAUAAACUCUCUAAUGUAUGCAAGCCCCUUAGCUAUACUUUUUCUGUAGACCUGAUUUCCAUAAGUUACAAAUAAAUGCCGAAAAUUCUUCAAGAUUGGUGGGUUGUGCUUCAAAACUUGCUCUACAGCUCAGUGAAAAAGUGGAGCAAUUAGAUUUUGUGAAAGUAAUCUUAUUGAAUUCCUAGUAUUUUUCAGAAUCAUGUUCUUAAUUGUGUAGAUAAACUUAGUCAUAUAAUUACUGUAAGGAACAGUGCAGUUGGAGUGAAACGAUGUCUCAUUGACUCUAAAUUAGAUGAAGUAACUUAGUUGAUUAUCACAGUUAUUUUUAGGCCGCUGGUUACGUGUUUACUUAUCUGGAAAUGGAGAAAGACAUAAUUUCUCUUAUCUCUCGUCUAUCAGCUGGUAAGCCUGUUUUUCACUUUAAAAUAUCAGCUGUCUAAACCAGUAGUUUUCUCACUGUCCGGGUUUAUUCGCUUACAUAUAUAAAGCAUAUUUUGAUGAAUUGCUUAAAAAGUGGUUGUGAACUGUUACUUCGACUUCUCUGCUUGUGGUUUUAUUGGAAGUAGAGAUAGCUUCCCAAUAACCUGUAACUACAUGCGUAACACGAGAUCCUGGUCAGCAAAUUAUAUGAAAGUGGGAAGACUACAUGUUUCAGUCAUAAUGAGGGACCAUUUAGAAAUAUGUCUCGGACAGCCCCUAUACUUCAUGUCGAAACAAAUGAAGGAAGAGCCUAACAACGUGAAAGUAAUAGAUGCCAAAAUAAUUGCAGUAUUAGCCGAAGUAAGUGACUAAAAGUAUCUAUAUUAAAAUCGGAAUUUAGAGAUAGGUAGGAAAUAAAUGGAUCUAUGUUGUUAAGUCCUAUUUUGAGCCACGUUUAUUCGAGUUCUUCAACUGUUUACCACGAUUAUCUAGAGGACCUUGAUCAAGAAUCCAAUACCUCUCCCACACAGCUUAGAUAGAUGAUUUCGUGGUCGCUUUUAACCUCUCAACCUACCAGAUCGGUUAGCAUUGAUCAGGAUAUGACGUAACUGGAGUGUGCAUAACAUGUCUCAAAAACUUACAAGUUCAGAAUAGUUUAGAAGUCACAGUUCUAUCAUUGGUUAUGGUAUGAAAACUUAGCAUACAUUGGCUAUUUGUUCUCACCACUUACGUUUAACUGCUAUAUAUGUUGAUGGUGACGUUUAUUGCCAAUUUCUUGAAGAUUGAUGUAAUCUAACCGUUGUAUCAGUCGAACACUAUUCCGUUAAGUAAAAGGAAUAAAAAAGUGAAACAUUUCCAAAUACUUCAAUAGUGAAUCAGUGGCUUGUUGGUUUAAACAUUAAGCUAUCGACCAGUGGAGGGUAGGUUUAAACUCCAAAUUCUGUGUUUUAAGUAUUCAGAUAUUAUCACUAGUCGUCACAAAACAUGACUCAAAUCCGAGUAUGGAGCUUUGUAAUUGGCUGAUGAGUCACAAUAUUAAUAUCAUCAUUAUAAAGUCUAAAGGUGAGAAACUAGACGCAUUUAAAUGAAUGCUCCACGCCUGUCAAAUGUAUGGUGAUGGUCUCAGUCAGUCACAACGUAGAACUUGGUGCGUUUGUAUGUCAAUUCAAGUUUUCAUACCCCAUCAUCACUGAGAAAUGAAAUUGUCAGGCCAAAUCCCAGAAUAGUAGAGGUAGUCACCGUAUCAGUGUUAAUAGGAAAGAUUAGGCACCGAAAAUACGAUUCAAUAGGAAAAUAUAAAUUAGUGAAAUAAAACAAGAGAUUCAUGAGGAAUUUAGGGGAAGACAAAGAAUGGAUGCAACUGCGCCAUUGCAGACGAUUUUGAGCCAUGUCAUUUAAAGUCCCUAACUAUUGGUUACGAUAACCACACGUACCGCAAUAAGGUAGUCUAUAUCUAUUAACAUCACCAAGUCCAAAUGUCAGUGACUUCACGGACUGAUGCUAUGUUUCGGUUUGGUUGCUCUUAGGUUUCUUCCAGCCUACUCCCACACCUACAUACGUAACACGUCUCAACCACCUCACUUGAUGAAGAUUUACUACCUCAUCAAUCUAUUUGUCAUUCCUACCUAGUACCCUUCUUAAUUCAGGCAUUGCUUAUUCUGUGGUCCCAAAAUACACGAGCAAUGCUUCGAAAAUACCUAUGAUUUGAUGCAUGUAACCUACGAAUAUCCUCCAUUUUUGAUGGCCAUGAUGGUGAUUUGACUAAUUGGAAAUCAAUAGUGUCUAAGGAGUUACGAAUGAGUCAUAAUCAACAUAUAACUUGACACAAAUGUGUUUGAGCCCAGAUGAGGAUCUCAUGGUAGCUCAACAAGAUUGUUAUAACUUGUGCCCUGUGUCCUGUUGAUGUGUAACGUGAUGAUACCGCCAAUUAGAGUACAAUGGAUUAUCGAUCGGACCAAUCACGCAUAAAACAUGUACGAGCAGUCCAGAGUCCUUAUCGGUCCUGCUUCCUACCUAGCCCAGCCUACUAAUUUCAAAACACCAUCUCAGCCUCUGCGAUAUAAAUCAUUUAUUUCAAACAUACUGCCUUUAUAUACAGACCAGGCAGACCUCAUCGUACCAUAAGAUAGGAAACAACAUCUGUACAAGAUUUGGCCAAAAGUGGCUGUGAAUGUGGGAGGUAGUAAUUGAUAGACUGGGUAUAACUCAAGAAUGAUGAAUCGUAUAAUAAUUCAUAGGUCAAAAUAUAGCUCAUAAUAAGAGGGACAUGAAUACUGAAUAGUUUAGUUAAUUAAUAAUUAUACGAUAAAAAUAUACGCAUAGUAUUGGUCCAUAAAUGGAUCCCAAAAGUUACCAUUCAUUAUUCUUAUCGGGAUACAAAAAAGAUGACAUCAAUAAAAAGUAGCAAAUGAGUCGAAAUACUAGUAAUAUCAAUGAUAAUGAACGGCCAAAAUUUCAGAGUAUACUUCAAAAACAAGGGGCAAACUAAAGCCAUAUAUAUAAAAGCCAAUUUGACAGUAUAUUAAUAUGAGAAGCCAACAUAUUGAAACAUGUUCGGACGUCAAGCUCCACGAACUAGCUAUUACUGAAACAGGCAUAUGUUACUCAACAAGGUUUUUAUUACCCAAUAGAACUAAAUAGUGAUAUCAAGAUUAAAAGGAUAAUUAAUUAGUUCGUACACCUCCGUACUUUUUUCUAUCAUUUUAAUGGUUUCUAUACUGUAUUAUAAAUAUAAAUUAAAGUUUAUUAUGGCACAACCGGAGAUGGGUCUAAUUAGUAGAAAAAAAUUAUAAUCUUGUUCAAAUUGUCACAGUACAGAUUUGUGAGAAUUUCUACAUUUCUCUGUGGUUUAUAAUCCUGGUAUUGAUUCAGCUCAUCAAACUGCAACACGACUGUACAGUUUAACUUGCCAACAUACACAUACUAUAUUUAUUCUGAUUUUAUAAACCCUAUCCUCAAAUAUUACAUGUUAUAGUUUCUACACUUCGAUUGAAAAUGGUCUCUUAUUUGUGAUAGUCAUAUUAAUGAUGAUCUAAAAUAAUACUUUAUAGAUAAUCCUGAUAAUAACCCAUUGAAAACUCUGGAUGACAGUCGACAAAUUCUCGUAAAGAUGGCAAUUGGGAAAUUCGAUGAAUAUGUUUCGAAACGGGAUGAAAAGAAUAUAGUACAUUUGUUAAAGAUAUUUUUCUUAUUGGGCGAAACCAAUGAAGGAAUUCGACGAUUUUCUACAUAUCUUUGUUCAUACAUUUCAAAUAAAUGUGAAAUAUUGAUAAAUACUUAUAAAUCAUCUUCAAAAUCAUCUGAAUUUGCAUCAGCUAAUCUAAUCACAGAAAUUUUAGAGUUUGUUGCGGAUACAUUAAAAAAUAAUUCAAUGUACGUCGAAACAUACUGUGGCCCAGGCAACAUAUUUGGGUUUGUAUCUUCUGUUCAUUGUGUCGUUGACCAAUACGUCAAGUGUGUAAUCGAGCGUUUCUAUAAUUAUCAUCACCUUGAUGAACUUUGUUCAGUGCUCAAGAAAUUAAAUAGUAAUAGUUUAAACAGUAAAAGACAUGAUUCAUCAGCUCAAUCGAUCAAUAAAGAUAAAAUAUUGGAUUCAAACGAAUUAGGAUCAGAUCGCGUAUUGAUCAUUGAGCCUAUAAUUGUUGAAACGUUACAGAUCAUUACAUGUUCAGAACUUUAUUUGAGAUUUAUACAGAGGCGAAUUUCUGCUGAUAUCAAACAGUGCAAUCUUGCAGAAAAUGAUUUUAAAAAAAAAAGUAAUGAAAUUUCAAAGUUUUUUGAAAAUUCUCAUCUUGUUUGUCAAGUACAAGAUUUACUCAAUAAAUAUCUUAAUUUAGAACAAUAUUAUCUUUAUGUGACAAUGAUAAAGGCAUUAAAUUCAGAUGAAGUCGACUCAUCUAGUAAUAUAUGGUGCUUUAUUGACGAUGUGUUUUUCAUCACUAAGAAAAGUCUUGUUCGAUCUCUUUCAUCUGGUAAUGUGGAUACUAUUUGUGCUAUGGUGAAUCAUAGUUGUUCAAUGCUAAUUGAUCUUAUGGUAAAUGAUUUUCUGGGCAACGUUAUUCGUACAGGGUUUCCUUCGGGUUGGGUACAAGAUGCAUACACUUAUGUUCAGAAUAGUGUUGCUGUGGCUGGUUCACUUAGUUCUUCUUCAUCCAUUGUCAAUGUUCCAACAGUAUCAUCAUUUAAUAUGAUUGGACCUAAUGCACUUACACGAUAUCAUUUUCUCAUUACUCUUAAUAGUAUUGAAGCAUGUCAAAAAGAUUUAUUGUCACUUGUUAAUCAUCUUGAAAGUGAAUUAAAUUUACUUUAUCAAAAUCAAGAAAUCAAUUCACAAAAACUUAAUAUGUGUAUCACGGAAUUAAAAGUUUCUAUCUCAGAUCAACUUCAAGCAUUACUUGAUUCUGCAUUCGAGUAUCUUUCAACUAAUGUCAUUCAAAGUCAAGUAAAAACUUUGUUAAAUGUUUUCAAAUCAUUAAAAUAUGAUUUAAUUGAGGAGGAUCUAGAUGUUUUCGCUGCUAAUGAUCGAUGGAUUGAAUCAUGUAUAGCUCAUACAGAAGAUUUUCUCAAACCAUUUAGGUCUGUUCUGUCAACUGAGAAUAACGAUCGAUUUGUAUUAAUUCUCAUAAAUGAGAUUUUGCAUCAACUUGAUCAAUUUAUUCAAAGGAAAUCUUUCAGUAGAUUUGGAGCUAUUCAACUAGAAAAAGAAUAUCGUAAUUUGUUUGCAUAUUUGACAUCAAUAUCUUACAGCUCUUUGCGUGAUUAUUUUACGCGUAGUUUACAGAUUUGUAGACUUUUAAACUUGGAUCGAAUUGAAGAAGUACAUUAUUAUUGGAAUAGUUCUAAUUGGCGUCUUACUGCACAUGAAGUCAGAAGUAUUCUAUCUCUAAGACGUGAUUUUGCUGUAAAUGAAAUUCGUGCACUUAAACUACAAUGA